AUGUUAGAGGAAGUGCCAAGGCAAGGAAUCCAAGAGCAAGUGCCAAGGCAGGGAAUCCAAGAGCAAGUGCCAAGGCAAGGAAUCCAAGAGCAAGUGCCAAGGCAGGGAAUCAAAGAGCAAGUGCCAAGGCAAGGAAUCCAAGAGCAAGUGCCAAGGCAAGGAAUCCAAGAGCAAGUGCCAAGGCAAGGAAUCCAAGAGCAAGUGGCAAGGCAGGGAAUCCAAGAGCAAGUGCCAAGGCAGGGAAUCCAAGAGAGGAAGUGCCAAGGCAAGGAAUCCAAGAGCAAGUGCCAAGGCAGGGAAUCCAAGAGCAAGUGCCAAGGCAAGGAAUCCAAGAGCAAGUGCCAAGGCAGGGAAUCCAAGAGCAAGUGCCAAGGCAAGGAAUCCAAGAGCAAGUGCCAAGGCAAGGAAUCCAAGAGCAAGUGCCAAGGCAAGGAAUCCAAGAGCAAGUGCCAAGGCAGGGAAUCCAAGAGCAAGUGCCAAGGCAAGGAAUCCAAGAGCAAGUGCCAAGGCAGGGAAUCCAAGAGCAAGUGCCAAGGCAAGGAAUCCAAGAGCAAGUGCCAAGGCAAGGAAUCCAAGAGCAAGUGCCAAGGCAGGGAAUCCAAGAGCAAGUGCCAAGGCAGGGAAUCCAAGAGCAAGUGCCAAGGCAAGGAAUCCAAGAGCAAGUGCCAAGGCAAGAAAUCCAAGAGCAAGUGCCAAGGCAAGGAAUCCAAGAGCAAGUGCCAAGGCAGGGAAUCCAAGAGCAAGUGCCAAGGCAAGGAAUCCAAGAGCAAGUGCCAAGGCAGGGAAUCCAAGCGCAAGUGCCAAGGCAAGGAAUCCAAGAGCAAGUGCCAAGGCAGGGAAUCCAAGAGCAAGUGUCAAGGCAAGGAAUCCAAGAGCAAGUGCCAAGGCAAGGAAUCCAAGAGCAAGUGCCAAGGCAGGGAAUCCAAGAGCAAGUGCCAAGGCAAGGAAUCCAAGAGCAAGUGCCAAGGCAGGGAAUCCAAGAGCAAGUGCCAAGGCAAGGAAUCCAAGAGCAAGUGCCAAGGCAGGGAAUCCAAGAGCAAGUGCCAAGGCAAGGAAUCCAAGAGCAAGUGCCAAGGCAGGGAAUCCAAGAGCAAGUGCCAAGGCAAGGAAUCCAAGAGCAAGUGCCAAGGCAGGGAAUCCAAGAGCAAGUGCCAAGGCAAGGAAUCCAAGAGCAAGUGCCAAGGCAAGGAAUCCAAGAGCAAGUGCCAAGGCAAGGAAUCCAAGAGCAAGUGCCAAGGCAGGGAAUCCAAGAGCAAGUGCCAAGGCAAGGAAUCCAAGAGCAAGUGCCAAGGCAGGGAAUCCAAGAGCAAGUGCCAAGGCAAGGAAUCCAAGAGCAAGUGCCAAGGCAAGGAAUCCAAGAGCAAGUGCCAAGGCAGGGAAUCCAAGAGCAAGUGCCAAGGCAGGGAAUCCAAGAAGGCAGGGCAUCCAAGAGGGAGCGAGGCGAGCCCGAGAGCAGACACGGCGACGGGGAGGUAA